AGCCAGAGUGUUCGGUUACAGGUGUCACCUUAGACAAGCAAUCUGCAGAAGACAUGUCCCACGACGGGCUAAGCAGCACAAAACAUGUGAUGGCAGUCAUUGCCAUGACGGAGGAAUGGUCAUCCUUGACAUCUCUGUUCCAGAAUAACUCUGGAGACACAUUGUACCAGACAACCUUUAGUUCUAUUGGAUCAAAACAAGUCUGUGAACUGGUAAUGGAGGGGAAUUCGAUCAGCUUGCACUAUUCAGAUUUAAAAGAAGAUAUGUCAGAUGAGGAUUUUUGCAACAACAUUGAGGGCUGCUUCCUGUCUUGCAAAGGGGCAAUCAGUGCAUUUCUUCUGUUGAUCAGAGGUGGCUUUUACACACAAAAGGAGAGAAGAAUUGUUGAGAUCCUGCAAUCCCACUUUGGAGCUGAAGCUUUGAAAUACCUUGUAAUACUUUCGGUGGAAAACGGAAAAGUUACAGAUACACUUGACGACACCCUCCUGGAUUUGAUAAAUGUAUGUGAUGGGAGAUAUUGUUGCAUCACAAUGUCCACUGCAAGUGGAGGGCUGCAUGCAUUGCUUGAGAUGGUGAAUAAUGUGCUCACUGAAAACAGUGAUUCUGGUUACACCAAAGCCAUGCUGGAUGAAUCAAAGAGAAGGUGCAUGGAGGACUCAGCCAUGAACAUGCUUAAACAAAAGGUGCAAGAGGCUGAGGAGAAAGAGCGGGUUUUUGUGGAGAAGGUGAAAAAAGAGGAGGAAAGAAGAACCCAGGAAAUGGAAGAGCUGAGGGCAAAGCAUGCCAAGGAGAGAGAGAAGGAAGCUGAGGAGCAAAGGAAAUAUGAGACAAAGAGAGAGAGUCUCCAGGAGGCAGUGAUUAGCCACAGCUCCAUGCUACAGCUCCAUGCAAAAGCCCCCCAAGGUGAUGAAACAAAGAAGAUCUCUGGUGUUCUGUUGGGCCUCACUGGCAGUGGGAAGUCAUCUGCUCUCAAUCUGAUCUUAACCAGAGGAGGCAGUCUUUACUCGAUUGAUAGCUCCUGUCACGACCAGGCCUUGCCAACCAUGUCAUGUGAGAGAAGGGAGAUUUUCACUGGAAGUAAGCGGCUCAUCCUGGUGGACACUCCUGAACUGUGGGAUGAAGAUGGGGUGGAGAACAUAGAGCUGGUGAAAGACUGCCUUGCCUUAGCCCUACCUGGUCCCCACUUCUUCCUGCUGGUGCUCCAGGUGGGACGCUUCACCCAAGGCGAGAGUGAAAUGCUUGGACAUGUGCAGAGGAUCUUUGGAAGAGACGUGGCAGAGCACUCCAUUAUUUUGUUUGUCCAUUUUGAUAACAACCAACACAAGCCUCUGAAAAUCAAUGACUAUGUGGCUGGAGCUCACUCAGCCUUGCAGGACUUUAUUCGGAAGUGUGGGAGCAGAUAUUAUAUGUUGAAUGUGACGAAGUCCCAUAACGGUUUGAGUUAUCCCCAGGUGAAGGAGCUGCUUUCGGGAAUCGACAAACUGGUGGCCUCACAUGGAGGUCAAGCUUAUUCGAUGAAGAGAUUUUCCUCACAAGAGCUCCAGGAAAGAAAUAACGCCAUGACAGAUAGAAAAGAGGGAGCAUAUUUAUUAGGAGAUAAUUAAUUUUCCUUUCUAACUGGUGAAGUGUAAAAACACCAUGCAUGAGCAAUAUAGGGUAAAGUAACCUCCAUAAAAAGGGUCUUAUAUAGAUAGACAUGCAUAUAUUAGAUUAAGAUGUGUUUAAUAUUUGGUGUUUGCUUAAGUCACAGCUAUUUGAUAUCUCUUUAUUUUAUUAUGCUUAUAGGGUGGUGUAGAAUAGGUUUCCCUUUGCUAGUCUGAAGGUCCUCUGUAAGAGCCGCUUUCUGCAGCUUUAAGGAGAAGUUUGUUCUCCAAGCAAGAUAAUCUGAACUUCAUGCACUUUUAAUAAAUGUUCGGUAAUGUAAAAAGAAUGUUGUAAACAUGUUAUGGUGGUAGAGUUUUUUUUCCCUAAGCAGAUAAAAGCUGCAGAAUCACAUUAACGGUAUGCUUGUCUGCUGAGCCAAGAAAGAGUGAUGAAGUACAGCUGCUCUGUAUUUACUUCUGGUGUUCAUGGAGUUUUCCUGCCUGUUUCUUAGUUUGUGUUUUUGAGGGGUUGCCUGAGACAUAUACGACUGUUACUUAAAAAACAUUCUUAAAAAAAACAGUGCUAGAUGUAACCUUUAUUGUUUUUUUUCCUAAUGUGCUUUUCCAUCAACUGCACAGAUUACAAUAAAAUGUUAUAAUUUUAAAUGCAAA